AUGUCUGCCCCGAGCGAGAAGAGCGUUGGUAAGGGAGCGACGGAGACCGGCUUGAGACAGACGUUGUCCGGCUCCGUCCAGCACGGUGAAGCCGACUCUGACGCCGACUCGGCGCUCCGUGAGUUCUACACGGGUGCCGUGAAUGAGAACUACCGUAUGAAGUCAGAGCUCAUUGCAAAACACCUGGGAGCCAUUGGCAUGGGAAAGUUCCAGUGGAUUCUGUUCGUCGUGAAUGGUUUCGGCUGGAUUGUCGACAAUUUCUGGUCCCAGGGCAUCACGGCCAUUCGACCGCCGAUCGGCAAUGAAUUCACAGACAUUGCGCGCCUCAGCUUCAGCUCCGUGGCCUAUUACGUCGGCCUUAUCAUCGGAGCCUCCUUCUGGGGUACGACAGCCGAUCUCAUCGGCCGUAAGCCGGCAUUCAAUGCGACCAUCCUGUACGGCGGCGUCUUUGCAUGCGCCGUGGCCGGAGUCCAGAACUUCACUGGCUUCUGCAUCCUCUGGGCGAUCAUUGGCACCGCAGCGGGAGGCAACGUUCCAGUCGACAGCGUCGUCUUCCUGGAGUUCGUCCCACAAACCUAUCAAUGGCUGCUCGUUAGCCUGUCAGCGUGGUGGAAUUUGGGACAGGUCAUUGUCUCCCUGCUUGCUUGGUUGUUCCUGUCGCACUUUGCGUGUCCUUCGACGGACGCUCCGUGUCGCAUGCAGAACAACAUGGGUUGGCGGUACCUCAUGAUUACUCUCGGCGGCGUCGCCAUUGCUUUCGGCUUGAUCCGAAUCGUCGCUUUCAAAAUCCCCGAGUCGCCAAAGUUCCUCAUCUCAAAGGGCCGCGACGCCGAGGCCGUCGAGGCCGUGAACUACAUUGCCCGAUACAACGGUCGCCCUGAGACCCUGACUCUUGACAUGCUCCAGGCCAUUGACAGACGCUGCAAUGGAACUACGGCCUCGGACGACUGCGCCAGCAGCGGUGUCGCCCCGGUAGACGCCGACGUGGCCCCGCGCGGGUCCAAACUGUCGCACAUGGAAAUCCUGAGGGAGAGCUUCAAAGAUUACAACGCCGACAACUACAAGAAACUGUUUGCCGGCAGAAAGAUGGCACAGCACACCUCGGUGACUUUCCUCAUCUGGCUCACCGUCGGUGUGGCAUACCCGCUGUACUUUGCCUUUAUUCCGUCGUACUUGGAGACCAAGUCGUCGUAUUCCACGAACACAUCUUUAGGCCACACCUACAUGGUCUACUGCAUCGUGUCCUCGGCCGGGGUGAUCGGUCCGAUAGCCGCCGGCUUCUGCGUCGAGACCCGCUUCGGCCGCCGGUGGAUGAUGGCGGGCUCUGCCGUGUUGACCGGGGUCUUCCUCUUCGCCUACACAGCCGUCGGAACAGAAGCUGCGGACAUUGGCUUCCAGUGUGCCACUGCGAUUCUCGGAAACUUUGAAUAUGCCAUCAUGUAUGCAUUUACACCAGAGUCCUUUCCCGGCCCCGUUCGUGGGACAGGCACGGGAAUUGCUGCCACGCUCCUUCGUCUGGGCGGUCUCGUGGCAUCGUUUGUGUCAACAUACGCCGGGUAUACUGUGGUGCCGAUUUACGCCAGUGCGGCAUUAUGGGUACUAGUCGGCGGUUUCUGCUUCGGACUUCCCUAUGAGACCCACGGGCAUGCUUCUAUUUAG